CCCAAAAACAAUAUAAGAAAAAACGAAAUGGGGUUUAUGAUUUUUACAUAAAGAAACAUAUGUUUUGUGUGUGUGUCAGUGUGUGAGAAAAAAGGAAAAUGGUACCUGAAAAAAUAUCAAAUAAAAGAGAAGCGUAGAAGAACAUGAAGGGUGUUUGAAGACAAGCAAAAAGAAGAAACAAUAAUCAAAAUCGCAUUCAACUUUGCAAAAGAUUCAAUAAGAACAACAAUCAACCACAUAAACCCUUUCUCUUUCUUUUGGUUACUUCGCUGGCGAGACUAGGCUGGCACGCCCCUUGGCACAUGCCGGCGGCGGUGUUUGGCGAUCAGUGGCGGGUCUCCUAAUAAUGCCGUCCCUCUUAGGCCUAAGCACCAAUAGUAAAUUUUACUAUGUACUUGUUUUUAAAUCAAUUAUUAUUUUUCUCAGUCAAAAUCUAUUUGUAACUCGGAAAUCAAUAAAAAGUUCCAUCCAUAAACUCCUUCAAAAUCUAUUUGAAACUCGAAAAUUGAUAAAAAGUUCCAUCGACAAACGAAACAGAUGUACGGAAAAGGUUGAGAUCAACGGCGUAUCUGUACAUAACCCGUUUGGGUAAGUUCUUCCCUAAAAAAAAAAACGAUUCCUCCUGCUCUUUCCGUACAUCGUCUAAAACAAGCCCUCUCUAUGCGCACCUCGAUGCGCAUGCAUCUCUGUUUCUUGUUUUUGGUUACUGUGUUCACCACUGCAUUCUGUCUUCAUCUCUUUACCAUUUCAAGCUCUCUCUGCUAGAGACCAGUAACAUCAACAUACAGAAUCAAACAGAGUUUCUUCAGGGGUGAAACAAAAUGGCACCAAGGGGGAGACCCAACAAGUCUCGUACGUCUCGAAUGGAUGCAGCCAUUGAUGCAAUGGCGCCAUUUGGAUUCACCAAAGAAGUCGUCAUCGCCAAGAUGCGUCAGCUCCUGAAGGAAUAUGGGGGGCAAGAUGGGUAUGGGUUUAUUGAACUUGAUGCGUACUGCGUGCUUUUGGAAGCCCUUCUUGCCGAUCAAGAUAAGCAAAAUCAAGAACAAGGAGAAACAUCAAAUCCGAAUGAGAUCAUUGAAACUGAAAAGUCUGGCUUCAUUGACAUUCCGAUCUGCCCUUCCACCCCUCUUACCGUCCUUCCACCACCAUCACUGCAACCUCUGGUUGCCUCUCUAACACCACUGCCACCUGUUGUAGAAACGGUUCUAACACUGCCGCCAGUGCCACCUGUCAUGGAUGCCAUCCUUCCUCCACCACCACCUCUGCCACCAGUUGUAGAAACGGUUCUAAAACUGCCACCAAUGCCACCUGCCAUGGCUGCUCUCAUUCCACCACCACCUGAAAAUGGUCAACCCUGGAGGCGAAAACCAUGUCAUGGUUGGAUCAGUGAUGUUGAUGAGGAGUGGCAUUUUAUAACACUACCAUCAUCAUUCAACCGGUCAAUUUCACCACCAGUUACACCACCAACACAACCAGGUCAAUCAGAGUUGACCAAUGGGAGAAAAUAUCGUCCAAAACGCCAAUCAAGAUGGGAUUUAAUGCCUGAAGAUAUGUAGUUGUAAUCUCUUUACUUCUGAACUAAUCUCAACAUUUAGAUUAUGUUAACUAAUUAAACGUUUCUGGAUGCAAUUGGAAUUGUGUUCCAAAAUUUAACAGACUUAUAAACUAUUUGAUUAUUAAAUCUAUUGCAUCCGUUAAAAUUACAAAAUGGAAAGAGUUGUGUACCUUUAGAACGAUAUAAACAUGUUGAGAGAUUCAGUGUAUGUGUGUGUCGCUGUUGUUUCUAAAAUUUUCUAGUGAAAUUAGUAAUAUGUAGUUUGGGAUGUAACACUCUCUGGGC